GUAAUAACUAAUAAGCUUCUCUCAUUCGUGGAAUUGUCUUUCAGAAAGAAAAAAACCAGAGAGGAGGAAGAAAAAAAAAACUCUUGCUUCUUCAGGUAGGUCUUCUUCUUCUUCUUCCUUAGCUCAAUCUAAUUCUUGUUGUUUUUCUGCAAUUUUGAUUGUUAAUUAUCUGUGUUUAACGUUUCUUAGCAAUUUUAUUUUGGUUUUAUCGGUUGACUUGUGUUUGAGUUUGUGAAAAUGAUCAAAAAUUCCUGUUACAGAUCCGUAUGUUUAUCUUACUAUAUUCUGUAAUUUCAUCAACAAGCUGACUUUGUUUUGCAGUAUCUGCUGCUGGUUUGAUCUUGAGACCAUUUCUUUUGCAGCUUGUUGUUGUAUUUCUAGAGACUAUGCCAAUGCCAUUUUUGAAAAUGAAGAGCAAGAUAAGCAAGGACUCGUUAAGAGAGAAAAGAGUUCUUGGUGUUUGUAAGAAACCUCAUAAGGAUGUUAAAAAUUCAUGCUUUGAUCCCAAAAUAUCGGAGAGAAUGGAACUUUUGGUCACUGCUACUCAGAAUUGCAACAACAACGAGGAACAGAAUAUAGGUUUGGAUUCUUCUACUAGGGAUGUUGUAACAAAUGAACCCCAAGACCUGCUAGUUGAAGACAGUUCCAAAAAUGCGUCGAAUAUGGAUACAAUAUUUUCACCUGUUCUUGAUGAUGAACUGUAUUCUGAAACUGACCGAGUAUUUGUGGAAGGGAACAAUGUGCAAUGGGAAAUGCCUAGGUGGGGAGCUGAUGACUGCAGCAACAAUCAGUUUUGCAACGAUUCUGAUUACUUUCUAUCUGAUGUGCUGAUUGCAAGCUUGCCAUUCUAUGAGAGUGGAAAUGUUGAUUUUUUCACUGAGAUAAGUCCCUUGCCUCAUUGUAUCUUUCCAGAGCCAAGUGUGUUACUAGAUGCAGCUGAGCAGUACAUGUUAUUACCUUACUUAGAAGAUAGAUCAGCCAGCAGUGAUGAUGUUAAGUCUGAUGAGGAUAACAGGAUUAAUCGGUCAAGAUCAAAAAACUUGGAAGCAGCAGAGAAUCACACUGAAGCUGAACAAACUGAAGAUUUUGAUCCACAGAUUUUCUUAAGAAAUCAACCAGAAUUAGCUGAUGUGGUAUUCAAUUAUUUCCCGGAUAUGCAGCAGCCUAGGGACUCUCCGAAAAGGAAGGCGGUAACCCUUGUUCUUGAUUUGGAUGAAACUCUGGUCCAUUCGACUCUGGAAGUCUGUAGAGAUACAGACUUUUCCUUCAGAGUCACUUUCAAUAUGCAAGAGAACACUGUUUACGUGAAACAAAGACCAUACCUUUAUAGGUUCUUAGAGAGGGUGGUUGAACUUUUUCAUGUUGUCAUCUUCACGGCUAGUCACAGCAUCUAUGCGUCUCAGCUUCUAGAUAUAUUGGAUCCAGAUGGGAAGUUUGUAUCGCAACGUUUUUACCGGGAUUCAUGCAUUCUUUCAGAUGGUAUUUAUACCAAGGAUUUAACCGUUUUGGGUCUUGAUCUAGCAAAAGUGGCUAUAGUUGACAACUGUCCACAGGUGUACAGAUUGCAAAUAAACAAUGGGAUCCCUAUUAAAAGUUGGUAUGAUGAUCCAACUGAUGAUGGUCUGAUUACAUUACUUCCCUUCUUAGAGACAUUGGCUGAUGCCAACGAUGUUCGUCCUGUCAUUGCCAAGAGAUUCGGUAACAAGGAAUAAGAAAUCUCUUCCUUUUGUUUCCACUAUAUCUUGAUUGCAGAUUCUGGGUUUCUUUAACAGAUUUAGUCAUAGACUAGUUUAGUUCCUCAAGACUUCUUAGGUGCUAUUUAAUUAGUGAACCAUAGAAUAAUGCUCGGUGAUAUUAGUACACAAGUAAAGCGUAACCCUUGUUUUAGCCAGGAUAAUAGAUCAUUGAAAUCUUAAGUGUUCUAAAUGUACAGUUGGUGAAGCUGAGAUACUGAAUGUAUAAAAGUGAGUAACUAUUGAGUGAAAUAUCAGUUUUGGAGGUUAACAACAGCCAUUAUCUCCUUGUGGUAAAUUCAAACUGUUGGUUAGAUCUUUGUACUACUGCAUUGUCAGUAAUAUAAAUGAAGAGAGGUUCAAUCUGGAACCUUCUUUUUCGUGAAUUUAUCGAAUUUUCUAGCUUCUGUGGUCUUUCAUAAAGGAGGAAUAUCGUAUAUGGGCGCCCGGAUCUGGUGGUUCUGUGGUAUUAUAAUAAGCUAUUUAAUCUAUAACUCUCAGUAAAAGUUUCAUGAUUCUGUUGGCAUGGUCCUUAUUGUGCAGAUCAUUCAACAAGAAGUUCUUUUGAUUAGGCGUAAGGAAGUGACCUGACUAUUGUUCUUCUCUGUGUUAACUUGACUCUUAAGGUUUUGUCUAAGGUCUUAAGCUCCCUGACAAACUUGCCAAUAUGUACAUCUUUACAAUGUUAACUUGUUUUCAUUAACAUUUGAUAGUCAUAUAUUCUUGUUACUAGUUAAUAAACCUGUCAGAAGAAUCAUAUUUUCUAACAUUGGUUCUUAUGAACCAAGAAAGUCAUUGAUUUCUUACAUAACAUCAGUCGUUUAGAUGCUUUGGAGAUUGCUUUUGGUAACUCUCGACUAAACAUAGUUUCAAAUUUGGCUCAAAAGAAACUUUGUUUUUUUUUCAGAAGUAUGAG